CCCCCCCAAAAAAAAACAAAAACAAAAAAAAAUUCAUUAUUUUCAAUACUAAGUUGAUCAUUUGUGUUCAAAUAUUACUGUUCUUUUAAAAGUUCAGUCCUUUUAAUACUAGGUUAAUAAUUUGUUUAAUCUGCUAUUGUUUUUUUCUUUGGAAAAAAGUUUGUUUCUAUUAAUAUUAGAUUCAUAAUUUGUUUUAUCUGCUACUGUUCUUUUUAUUGAAAAAGUGUAUUACAGUAGCUGUAUUUGUAAGUCGUUCUUUUUCUUGUCAGUUAACUUGUUUUUUUUCUUGAGAAUACUUUGCAGGUUGCAUCGCUUCAGCAUUUCGUGAAGAUGCCUCGGAAAGGUAGGAGAUCCCAGGCUCAGAAAGUUCGUUGGAGAAAGUUAGACCUGACAGGACAGACGAGUGUCAGCCAAGGCGUUUCUCAGUUUUCGGAUAGACAGCAGUACGAAGGUGGCGACAACACAUCUGGAGUUAUAUCCGUGCAGGCGUCUCAUUGCCAGAGUGAUGCAAGGUAUGAUGUUUUCUCACGAAAUCAUCAGUGCACAUGUGUAGCUCUGACAUUCCUUGCGUACCACAGUGAGGGAACUUCGUUCGAACAGCCUGAUCUUGACAGAGUGCUAGAGGAAGGGGAUGCUUUGUAUGUCGGCAUUAAAAUGCAGCUUAUUGCUGAAGGAAGAUUCCGACAGGAUCUUCUAAGCAUGGCUGAAGUACCUGUGAGCAUCUCAACUUCUAACCACAACUACAGCGUCCAAAAGUCAGAAGUGGUGAUGGGAUAUCUGAGAGACAGAGGAACUUCUGAAAUGGACGCGUGGUGGAUUCCUCUUGAUGAAAGACUUCAGUGUCUCUCAACAGAUGUCAGCCAUGCACUGCUUAUUGUUUCUCCAGAGUGCUUUGCUGUGUUCAGAGACAGAUCUGGAAGAUAUGGAUUUUUUGAUUCCCAUUCCAGAACUGCUGAAGGUUUGCCACAUCCUACUGGUGAUGGAACGGCAGUUAUGCUAACUUUCACCAACCUGCAUGACAUGACCAACAGAUUACUUGAGCUUUUUUGGAAUCGUGGUCCUCAAACUUCCUAUGAAUUCAUGGCUGUUUCAUUUGAAAUGGAGCAACAGUCAGGGAGAAAUACUUCAUCUUCAGCUUGUGAGUCACUCUCACAAGUUACUUCAACUCUGCUCAAACCACAAAGAAAUGGAGUCCAAAUCCCUGAAAAUCUUUUUUUUGCAGAGGACAAAAACCAAGGUGUCUUGAAUGUCAUCAAAACAAACAAGCCGCGAAGAAGAAAAAAAGUGCGUAAAAUGGCAAAAAAGUGUUCAGGAACUGAGGACAAAACUUCACAUUUUGAAAUUCGAGAACAAAAAAAAAGGGAACAUGAGAAAGAGAAAUAUGCCACCAGUUUGCAGUUUCAAAUUAAGAAAAGGCAUGUCUCCAAGAAGUUUAAUCAAGAUCCUUUUGUCAGAAACAAAAAGAGAGAGUACUUUGUCAGGAGGUACCACACUGAUGCUGUUUUCCAGAAGAAAAUGAAGGAAUACAUGGUCAAGAGGUACCACACUGAUGCUUUUUUCCAGAAGAAGAAGAAAGACUACAUGGUCAGGAGGUACCAUACUGAUGCUUUUUUCCAGAAGAAAAAGAAGGACUACAUCAUCAGGAGGUACCAUACUGAUGAUGUUUUCCAGAGGAACAUGAAGAACUACAUGGUCAGGAGGUACAAGAUAGAUAAUCUUUUCCAGAAGAAAAAGAAGGACUACAUGGUCAGGAGGUACCAUACUGAUGAUCUUUUCCAGAAGAAAAAGAGGGACUACAUGGACAGGAGGUACCAUACUGAUGAUGUUUUCCAGAAGAAAAAGAAGGACUACAUGGCCAGAAGAUACGUGAAGCUGAAAAGACACAUCAAGUUCAGAGGAUACCAACACUUCCAUACAGUGAAUAUGCACAAUGUGCUUGCAGCGUUAGCAAAACUGAAAGCGAUGCAUUCAGAAUACAGGGACAUCUUGAUAAGUGACGCUGCCACAUUUGAAUUUCUCCCUGAUGAUGAGCUGGAUGACACCGAGGAGAAACAGGAAGUUGUUGUCUCUGAACAGGAUGACCAGAAUGUCAGCACAGAAGAAAAGGAUGAACUCAGGCCUGGCCUCACUCUGGACACAUGCAUGCAGCCACUUGACAUUGGACGAUCCCAUGCCCACAAAAGUAUUCACGCCACGAACGCAUUCACCAUCCGCAAACCGCAUCUCUCAAACCGCUAA